GUUGAAACAGUCCACUGAAAUUAACAUAAUCACAGCUCAAGAACUAGAAGCAAUCCAGAAUGAAAUAGAAACGUAUUUAAGAAGUCUUCCAGCACUGAAUGGAGAAUUAACCAUUAUCACAUCUCCUUUGAUCCCAGACUAUUGUCAUGCAGGGUGUCAUGCAGGGUCUCAGCUCCAGCUCCCCACAUAAGAAGGAAGGAUAUGAUAUUUUCAUACAUGGAUUUACUACAAGAACAGGUGGGAUAUCUUACAUACCAACUCUCAGCUCAUUCAAUCUCUUCAGUAGUUCCAAACGGAGAGAUCCCAAGAUAGUUGUUCAAGAAAAUCUGCGUAGGUUGGGGAGUGCCGCAGGAUUUAAUACAAAGAAAUUUUACCGAAUAAAGACUGAUCAUGCCAAUGACGUUUGGGUUAUGGGAAGGAAGGAGCCUGAAUCUUACGAUGGAAUCACCACAAAUCAGAGAGGAGUCACAGUAGCGGCUCUUGGUGCUGACUGUAUACCUAUAGUUUUUGCAGAUCCUGUCAAAAAAGCAUGUGGUGUUGCUCACGCUGGUUGGAGAGGUACUUUGUUAGGUGUUGCUAUGGCUACAGUGAAUGCUAUGAGAGCAGAAUAUGCCUGUCGUUUGGAAGAUAUUAUUGUGGUGCUGGGACCGUCAGUAGGCCCUUGCUGCUUCACGCUUCCAAGGGAAUCAGCAAAGGCAUUUCAUAAUCUUGAUCCUGAAUGUGUACGGCUGUUUGACUCCCCAAAUCCCUAUGUUGACAUUCGUAAGGCCACCAGGAUUCUUCUAGAACGGGGAGGAAUUUUACCUCAGAAUAUUGAGGACCAGAAGCAAGAUCUCAACCUCUGUACAUCCUGCCAUCCUGACAAGUUCUUCUCCCAUGUCCGAGAUGGCCUUAAUUUUGGUACCCAGAUUGGCUUCAUAUCAAUUAGAGAAUGAGAUACUUGUCUGGAUUUUUAUGUGACUGUUUCCUGCCUCCUUCCAAACUGACUUCAAGAGAGAAAUUUAGCUGUUUGGUUUACUUAAUACCAAAGGAUUACAAUGGAUAAUUCAUCUUUAGGGUAAAUUUUCACUACUAUCUAAAGCCAAAUGAUUUUCAUUUGAUUCUGACAAUAACUGGCAAAAAUGGCGGUAUGAUGUGGCUUAUACAUUUUAUACAGAUAAGGAUUCCUCUUAACGUUUGUUCUCUGUAUUUGUUGCAUGAAUCAGGAAAAGGUCUGUUAAGUAUUUAUUGGAAAUCUUCUAUUUAUCAGUCAUGGUGUAAAGCACAGGGUAAAUAAAAAUGGUAAGACUUUUCCCUUUGAGUCUAAUGCAGUGGAGGGGAUAAAGGCUUCUAGCACUUAAAUUUAUUUUUAAUAGCAGUAGAAGAGUACAGAAGAAGGAAGGAUUUAUUCUAUCUGGAAGGCAGGGUAGAGGAGAUAUUACAGAGAAAAUUACAUCACAAGGGCCUGAAAGAUGUACAGGCUUUGGACAAAUGAAAAACAACAUAACAGGUUGAGGGAAGAUCAUGAAUGAGGGCAUAAUACUGAAAGUGUGCUACAUGUUUUAGAGAAAGAAGGGUGUAGACAGGACUUACUGGGUAAACGGGUUGGGAAUAUUAUUUAGGGUCUCAAAUGCCAUGUCAGAGUUUGGAGUUUAUUUUCCAGGCAAAGGGUAGGCAUAACAAGUAGGGGAGUGUUUUUAUUUCCUUGGCAUCAUAUUUAACAGGAUGGAUUUAAAAUGAGAGAGACCAAAGCAGAGAAACUAGUUCAGAGGCAAUCAAACUGCUGUAAAAAAGAAAUAGUGAAGCCAGAAUGAAGGCAGUGGACGUUAAAAUGGAGAAGACAGUUGAUGGAUCAGAGAGACAUUUCAGAGAUGGAAUCAGUGGAUCCUGUUAGUAGGUACGGAAAUGAGUGGUGAGGGGGAGUGGAGACGUCAUUGAGGACUCCAAGAUUUCUGCUUGGCUGACUACCCUGCGUGGCAACAAAAGGAGGGGGGAGGUUCAAACAAGGGAGAACGGUAAUGAGUUGGACACACAGACCAGAAGACAUGCAGGUGGAAAUAUUUGGUUAACAAUUAGAAACAGAGACAUGGAACCUAGGAGGGAGCCAGGAAAAAGACACAGAUUUAGAAGCUGGCUAUGCAGAGAUGAUGCUUUAGUCUAUUGGAGUAGGCUGGAUCAUCUAAGCAGAAUUGCUGGGAGAGAAAAAAGUCCAAGGAUGAAACCUCAUAGAACACCUGCAUUUGAAGAGCAAGUAGCUGAACCAGUAAAAAAAAAAUAACCAUAGAAGUAUGAAAAAAAUAGAAUAUAGUCAUUUUGAAGAAAGAAGAGGUACUCAAAAGAAAUCUUCAGAGGUAAAAUGAGGACUGAGAAGAAUCCAAUGGAUUAACCAUAUUGAAGCCAUUCUCCAGGAAGUGGUGGGGAGUCAGAUUUCAGUGUUUUGCGGAAGGAGAUGCAUAGGUGUCUUUUACAGUAUUUACUAGAGAAAGUGCUGGGGGCUGUAUCUUGAGGGAAGGCAUAUUUUUUUGUGGGGUAUGCGUAGUUUUAAGUAUAUUUGGAGGAUGAAGCCAGGAGUUAAGCUGUUUUUCAUUUGGAAAACAAUGGUAUAUGGUAUAUAUGUUAACAUGAAUUGUCACAUCACAACUUAAGAUUUCUUAUACAUAUUUAUCUUACAUGAAUAAACAGUAGAAUAAUAGAAAAUUGCAUUUGUUGGAUAUUUACGAAGUACUUUCACAGACAUUACCUCAUUUUACCUUUACAGCUACUCUGAAAUACAUAGUUCGGCUGUUACCCUUUUCAUACAGAUGAGAAAAUUGAGCCUCGCUGAGGUUGAGGUUAAAGUCACAUAAUUUGUGAUAAAGUAGAUUUGAACCUACAUCUUGUGAUUGCGGAUCUCAUUGCAGAUUUUACAGUUAAUCAAAGAUAUCUGAAUUAAAAUUUUCUUUUCAAACUUUUUUUUAGUUUUUUUUCAAUCUUUUGUUAAAAUCAUUUAUUCACUCAGUUAAAAUUUUGUUGAAGUGUUAGGUCAAGUUAAAAAACUACAGUCCUAGCCCUCAAGAUAUUUAAUAUCCAGUGAAAGGUUGACAGUCAAUAAACCAACAAUUUCAGUACUUGAUAUGUGUUCUAAGGUUGACACAACCUGAUAACCUUAUUUGAUUUAAUUCUAUGCAACUCAUAACUCAGUGUGAAAUUUAAACAAAACACCUCAUUUCUUCCAAUUCAGGAAAGGCAUUAAACACAAAACAUAGGACAGCAGUUGCAAACUCAUGAAACCAUUCUUUUCAUUUAAUGGUUACAAUAAAGAUUAAGGAAUAAUUCCACACAUUGAGAAAGGUGGAUAACUUUCCAGUUCUUCACGGUGCAUAAUUUUGUUUGAAGUUUACAAAUUUAUAGAAUACUAGGCAGCCGUGUUUCACUUUAUGUAUGAA